AUGCCGAUGGAAGAAGCCUGGGAGAUUGGGGAAUCGGAAGCCCAAGGAGGAGGAGGAGGAGAGUCGCCGGCGUUUGUGUUUGAACAGGCCACGUUUGUCCUUGGUGGCCGGACCUACACCGCCAGGAUGCGGCACUUUCAGCGGAGUGCACCCGCGGCGGCAACACCUGACGACGACGAGCACCUCAUUCCAUCUGUUUUCCGGCCGGCGUCGAGCUCAUCGCCUCCCCAAGCCCAUGCCGCCGCCGCUCCCGGUUCCAGUCUCACCACCAACAAGCGCGCCCGCGCCCCUGCCUCCAGCAAGGCCAUCUUGGGCCUGCGGGAGGUGACAGCGCCGCCCACGGGCAGCUCCGACUGCUGCGCCAUCUGCCUCCAGGAUCUCCAAGCCCACCAGGGUCCGGCGGCGGCGGAGCCAACGACCCUCAGCCUCAGGGUCAUGCCUUGCUCCCACACCUUCCACCAGCGCUGCAUCUUCGAGUGGCUCCGCCGGAACGCCGUCUGCCCUCUCUGCCGCCACCAGCUGCCCACGGAGGAGGAGGACGAGCAGCAGGACCAGGAGCAGGAUCAGGGGAGAAGGAGCAGGAGCCGGGUCGUCUACAACGAGGACGGCCAGCACCAUAUCCUUUGGCACUACACGGAGCAACCCGUGGCCGGCGAGGUGCCCGAGCUGGACGAGGAGUAG